CACUCUGUUGCUGAUUAUUUUCAGCAGUAGAUUCACAAGGAUUUACAUCAUUUUCAACUAAAACCUGCUCCAGCAGAAAUGAUGUGUCACUUUCCUCUUCUGGUCAUCUGGAGUCUUUUCAUGUCUCAGUGUCAUGGUGGCUGUUCAGAGGUUGACUCCCUGACUGAAGCUGUUGCAGGACAGACCUUCAUGUUGGGCUGCAUCUCCUGUAAAAAACGAGAGGAAGUGUCCGCCUACGUCACUGUAGACUGGCACUUCCAGCCACUGGGUGAGGAGGAGUUCAGGCAUAUCUUCCACUAUGACCACCCUAAUGCUGAAAUCCUCCAUGAAGAUUUCAGCUCCCGUCUGGUGUGGCACGGCACACAGGGCCACGAUAUUCAGACAGGAACCAUUUACAUACACAACGUCACGUUCAAUGACACGGGCACAUACCGGUGCACGUUCAACCGCAUCCUUUCUCUGCCACUGUAUGAUGAGAGUGUCACUGUGGAGAAGGAGGUGGAGCUCAGUGUGGUGGCUGUAGCCAAUCGGGAGCUGACAGCAGUGAUUUCAGAGAUCAUGAUGUGUGUGCUGAUUGUGGUGCUCCAGCUGUGGCUGAUUGUGGUUCUGGUCUACUGUUACAAGAAGAUUUCAGCUGAGUACGAAGCCCGCGAUGCCCGUAAAGCCCUCAAAGCCUCCACAGUUCAGGCAGCACUGUUAGAAUCCAAAGACAGCUGUGAUGGGGUGCAGUUGGAGUAACACCAUUAGCA